GCCCAGACAGCCUGAAGAGCAGUUCUCAUCUCGCAGAUAGGAUUGACAUUAAUGGAAGGACUUGAGGAAGAGAAGGAGGGACCCAGCCUUGACCUGCCAUUCCACGUGCAAAGGUGAGUUCUCAGCUCUCAAUGGGAAUCAAGAAUCAAACACAAGUGGUGGAAUUUGUCCUCCUGGGUUUCUCAGGCAUUCCGAAUGGCUACAUCUACCUCUUCUUGCCAUUUUUAGCCAUCUACUUGGUCACUGUGCUGGGGAACCUCACGAUAUGUAUUAUGAUUCAGCUGGACUCAAGUCUCCACACCCCCAUGUAUUAUUUCCUCAGCCACCUCUCCUGCUUAGAUAUUUGCAUCUCCUCUGUCACCGUCCCACAAAUUCUGGUGAACUUCUUGCGCCAGCAACAGACCAUCUCCUACAACGAGUGCAUGGCCCAGAUGUUCUUCCUUGUCUCUUUCACGGGGGCGGAGGGUGCUCUUUUGGCUGUCAUGGCCUACGACCGCUAUGCCGCCAUCUGUAAACCUCUGCAUUACUCCCGCCUCAUGAACACCAAGGUGUGCACCGUACUGGCCUUUGCCGCUUGGGUCUGGGGUUUUCUAGACUCCGUUCUACAGACAGCUCUAAGCACCAGGUUGGACUUCUGUGGAGUCAACCAGAUUCAUCACAUCUUCUGCGAUCUCCCUCCACUGAUGAAAAUGGCUUGCAAUGAUGUACACAUCAAUGAAGUGGCAGACCACAUGGGAGGAGUUUUUGUGGGUGGGGGGCCAUUUGUGUUCAUUGUUUUCUCAUAUGUCUUCAUCCUGUCCUCCAUCUUGAAGUUUCGUUCCACUAUUGGCAAACGCAAAGCCUUUUCCACUUGUGCGUCUCACCUCACUGUAGUUUUCAUUUAUUAUGGAAACGCACUACUGAACUAUCAGGGUCCAAGUGCUGGCUACUCCUUGGCAACUGGCAUUUUGGUCUCCGUCAUGUUCUGCGUCAUCACCCCAGUUCUGAACCCCAUCAUCUACAGCCUCCGCAACAAAGAAGUGAAGGGGGCCCUGAAGAAGGCGGUGGAAAGCUGGAGGCCAUCUGGACACCACCACUCUCAAAGUUAG